CUGAAACUUACAAAGCUCUCUCAAAAUUUCUUAAAUCGAGGAAUUUUGAAACGAUAAAUGAAAGUAUUUUUCAUCUUAACGAAUAAUUAAGUAAAAAAAAAGUAAAUUUUUGUGUGUGAUUUUAUUUCUCAUUUCUGUGAAUUUGUAAAAAAAUCAAAACUUAUUAAAAAUGGUUGUCGCAGUAAAAGUUUUCAAGAAAACAACACCAAAUGGCAAAUUAACUGUCUAUUUGGGCAAGCGCGAUUUCAUUGACCAUGGCGAAUUUUGCGAUCCAAUCGACGGUGUUGUCGUCCUCGAUGAGGAAUAUAUGCGUGGUAGAAAAGUCUUCGGUCAAUUGGUAACAAUCUACCGUUAUGGACGAGAAGAGGAUGAAGUUAUGGGAUUGAAAUUCAGCAAGGAAUUGAUCAUUGGAAAGGAGCAAGUCUUUCCAAUGGUUAAUGCCAAGAUGGAAAUGACACCAAUGCAAGAGCGUCUGAUUAAGAAGCUUGGAACAAAUGCUUUUCCACUUACAUUCCAAUUCCCACAAUCGUCGCCAACGUCUGUCACACUUCAGCCAGGCGAGGAAGAUCAAGGCAAACCAUUGGGAGUUGAAUAUUAUGUGAGAGUAUUUGUUGGAGACAAUGAAGAUGAUAAGGCUCAUAAACGUAGCAGUGUAAGCCUUACUAUUAAGAAAUUGCAAUUUGCUCCACCAACAAGAGGACGUCGCUUGCCUUCAUCAUUGGUCAGCAAGGGUUUCACAUUCUCUCAGGGUAAAAUUAACUUGGAAGUGACAUUAGAUCGUGAAAUCUAUUAUCAUGGCGAGAAGAUUACUGCCAAUCUUGUCGUUACCAAUAAUUCUCGUAAGACUGUUAAGAGCAUUAAAGUAUUUGUCGUUCAGCAUUGUGAAGUGACAAUGGUUAAUGCUCAAUUUAGCAAGCAUGUUGCUAGCAUGGAAACUCGUGAGGGUUGUCCAAUCACACCUGGUGCUAGCUUUACAAAGAGCUUCUUCCUUGUUCCAUUGGCUAGUUCCAAUAAGGAUCGUCGAGGAAUCGCACUCGAUGGACAUUUAAGAGACGAUGACGUCAAUCUUGCAUCAUCAACUCUUGGUGCUGAAGGCAAAACAUCAUCCGAAUCUAUGGGUAUCGUAAUCUCAUACUCAGUUCGUGUCAAACUCAAUUGUGGAACAUUGGGUGGUGAACUCCAGACUGACGUUCCAUUCAAAUUGUUGAACCCAGCACCCGGAACUGUCGAACGUGAGCGCGUAAAUGCCAUGAAGAAAAUGAAAUCAAUUGAAAAGCAUCGUUAUGAAAACAGUCACUAUGACGAUGAAGAUGACUCAAAUAUUGUUUUUGAAGACUUUGCCAGAAUGAGAAUGAAUGAACCAGAAUAAACAUGCCAAAGCGUUUAUUAAGCAUGAAACUUUUGUGAGGAAGACGUGAAAAAAAAUUUCUGGGCGAAACUUUUUUCCUCGCAAAUUUUUCCAAAACUUUUAAUUUAUAAGCUGUCGAAUCACAUGAUUUCCUUGACACUUUGAAAACUUUAUAGCUGCGCAGUGUCACCUUCAAAGUAUCAAUCAAAUCCGUAAAUCGUUAAGCAAAUAAUUUCUAUUUUUAUAUUUUACUUGAUUUCUAUUUUGUUAUUGUUUUCUUCUUCCUUUUGUGUUAAAAACGAAGCACCAGAAGUGAUAUAUUACUUUUAAAAAGCAACCAGAAAAACGAAACAUAAACAACUCGUAGAAUAGAAAGUGAAAAAAAAAUCAUAAAAUUAUCGUGAAGCUUUUAAACAUUUUCACUAGCAUAUUAAGCCGUGUCUGUGUUUCCAAGACAGCUCACAGAAUGAGAAUUUUUCUGCAAAGCACUUUUUUUGGCUUUGAUCAAAAAUUCUUGUUCCUCAAAAAAAAAAUUAUAAAAAUUGUUAUUUUAAAAAAAAUCAAAAAACUCCCUCAAGAAAAUCAAUUAAAGAUUAUGUAAAAUUCUAAUUCUUAAUUUUAGUAAAAUAAAAAUAAUUUUCCUUCAAUUUAUACCCCAUUUGGAUGUUAGAAAAGGAUGUAAAUUGAAAG